AUGAAACUGCUCACCCACAACCUGCUGAGCUUGCAUGUGCAGGCAAUGGGGGCCUGUGGCUUCGCCCUGUGCCUCCAGGCCACUGAAGUCCGCAUUAACCCUGUGGAGUCCAAGCCCGACUUCGUGGCGGGUAUGAUACCUAAAGUGGAGUGGGCGGUGCUUCUGGAGGCUUCAGACACCUUGCAUCUGUUCAAGGUACCCAAAAAACCAAUUCAGGGACAUGAGCAUAAGGAGAAUUUUCUGAGAAAUAUGCACCAUGUGCUGCUAGAGGUGGGUGUGUUGGAGGACACCAUGUCUGGAUUUCUAUUCCCCAUCAGCCAUGGGAUCCCCAAGAUGCUACUGAGUGAUGAGGAUGAGGUGGGGGUGUGGCAGGACCGGCAGCUAGACCCCAGGACCUUUGUCCGGCGUGGCUGCAAAGCCACCUAUGACCUGUCCUGUUACACUGAGAUUCAACCCCGUAUCCCUGGCUGCAGUGUACCAGGACGCCCAAUUAUUCUGUACCAGCUCCAUAAACUUUGGGCUGACGAGCCUCAGGUGAAAGGCUCUUGA